AUUUUUCUCUAAAAAUAUCUUUUUGAGAAAAUUGAGGAAAAGUUCUCAGUUGAAAAUCAUCUGGUGAACGAGACGGAUCUCUAAAAUCGAACUGAAAUUAACUGAAUAAAAAAUCGUGCCAAUCGUAGCGUAGAUAUUUGAGUGUAUAUUACUGUACAGUUUGACAACAUUCAAUUGAAUGCAAUUAAGAAAUCAAAAUAUGAAAUAUUGUUAAAACAAAAUAAACAUUUUCGUAUCUCUUCUUCGACUACUUACUAAUUUUCAUAUUGAAUGCGUUAAAAAUAGAUGACAAGUAUUUUACAGUAUAAACAAAUGUUCCUUUAUUUAAAAGGCGUGUAGAUGGAAUUCAUUUUAAACAAAAAGAAAGUGUGAUGUGGAAUUCCGAUUUCUCAUAGACGCAUGUGUUGUAUAUCUAUGCAAAAAAAAUAUAUAUAAAUUAGUCAUAUGGUUGUUACUUUAAAGCAUUUUUAAUUAAGUCUUUAGGACAACAAUAAAUUAAAUAAAUAAACUAAACGUAAUUAAGUGUUGGAAAAUUAAUAUCCUAAUAAAAACUAGUGCUGAUCGCUCUCUAUCACUGUGCUCUGUGCUCCUCCUAUCUUCUCUUUCUCUUUCUGAAGUAAUUAUUAAUUAUUGUUAUUAUUAAUGUACAAAAGAAACAACAUGCUGCGGGAAAAAAGGAAACAUGCUAAUUACAAGCCUAAUAGAAGGCUUGAUGCAAAAUCUAGUCGGGGAAUGAUCUAUGAGAAUGAAGAGCUAAGGAUUAGAACUAUAAAUAUUAAUGCAGAAGUUGAAAAAGGUCAAUCUGAAAUAAAAACCUUAAAGCGAGAGAGGGAGCAGUUGAGGAGAGAAAUAUGGACGUUGCGGGAUGAAUAUGAUAAAUUGGAAAAUUUGCUACGUAUCAAAGGCAUUGAUCCAGAUGAGUUUCUUAAUUCAAACCAAGAUCGGAAUGAAAAUGUGGAAGAAGAUAAUCAGUCUGAAUGUAGCGAAUGCUCAUGUGAAAGCUGCUGUGAUGAUGAUUGUUGUGAGAAUGAAAAAUCCGAGCCAGCAUCAACAGAGAAUAUGAAAAACAAUGAAAAUGUCGUUAAUACAGAACGUGGAGAAGGAGCAUCAUCAUCGAAGCUAUCGUCAGAUACUUCAAACGAUGAACAUGUAAACAUAAAUCCAAAACGCGGAGGGAAGGAACGACUAAAUCUGAAUUUUGAUCAUCUUUCUGUUGUUACCGAAGAGAGUUCUGAGGGAAAUUCGUUGACGCAAAAUGAAGACACUUCCAUUCCAAUUAAUGAUUUAUCAGCAUUUUUACACAAAGUAGAUGCAUUAAGUUCUUUAAGUUAUUUGCAAAAAUUAAGUCCUCCGCUUGCACAUUUUGAAAAUCUUCCUUAUGAUAAAAUUGGCGGAUCUGUUGAUACACAAGGAAAUGUUCUAGCUAUUUGUGAGGAACAUUCAAUACCAAAAGCUGUUACUAUUCGAGAAAUAUCCGAAGUUACAAUUCCUAACCCGAUUGUAGCGAAUCAAGGAAUUCCAGCACCAAAAAAGCAAUCUCGAUUAAAACACUUUUUCUCGCCUAUACGAAAAAAAGCACCUCCUCAAAUUAGUCAGCCUGAUGUUUUCAUUAGUAACGUGAUUCCCAAUAAUUUACCAAUUGUCCCUAUCGAGACUAUUCCAAACAAUACUAAUUAUAAAGCUGCUUCAAAAGAAAUUACUGAAAAUCCGAUCUUGAAUCCUGUUGUGUCUUCAUCAUCGUCAUCCUUUCAGACUGGUGGAAAUCUUGAGGAACUGCUAUAUGACAUAGAAAAUUUAUCAAAAGAUAUUAUGGAACUGCAAACACAUUGUGCUGAUAUGCCUUCAGAGCAAAAAGAACCAAACAAUAAUAACAAUACGAAUUUUACGAAACCAAAGCCUUUCCGGUCUGAAUUAUCUUUAGUCCUUUCAUAUCCACCUGAAAUACAGUCUGAUUAUAAAGAAACAGGAACGCCUAGUACUAUGCCAAUUUCAGAACUAGACAGUCCGAAUCUUUUUUACAUGCAGAAUCUCCCAUCCCCUUAUCCUACAUAUCCAUCAUCCCCAUUGACACCUCCUGUAAAUUUCAAAACCGGUGAAAUCAAUCCAAUAAAUUAUGUUCCUGAUCGAAUGCAAGACUUUUCACACCUAAAUUUUGCCCCUCUAAAUAGCUCAAUUCCACCAUUUCAAACAUCAUCAAACAGCUCAUUAUUUUGUACAGUCUCCGCGCCAUCAACACCAGCAUUUGACAGAAAAUGUAUAGAAAAGUUCUGUUCGACAGAAAUUACACCAAAUGGAAUCAAGGAUGAUAAGAAAAAGGCAAAACGUGUCUCGAUUGUAAAUGUAUCCGAUAGUAGUGAAAAACCUAGUCAAAAUACAGCAAAUGAGGAUGAAGACUCUAAAGAAUCUGAAAAGAAAACGGAACCAAAUUCAACAGGAAAUUCACAUCAUUCACACAUUCACAAAAAUCAUAGUCAUUCGCAUUUACAUACGAAACGACGAAUGAGUUUAGACAACAGUACUCCACAAUCGAAUAAGCACAAAAAUCACCGACAACUUAGUCAAGAUUCAAAAGUGAGCAGAAAGGAAAGUAAUCGAUCUACAAAUUCAUUUAAAAAGCGAUCUCGGUCUGAUAGUGCAUUCGGUCACGCGGAUAAUGAAGGUACGUCAAUGUCUGAAAGAUACAGCAACAGUAUAGCAUCGUCUAGAGAGUCAUCAACAAGUUUGAGUUUAAAGUCUGGAAAACGUCGAUUAUCGAUAACAUCGUACGGAGGAUCUAAGAAAAUUCCAUGGGUAAUGUAUUUUACAUUAAUUGCUGUUUAUUUUCAUAACGUUUUGCCUUUAUUUCUUUUCUUUUUUUUUGUGUUCAUAUUGACAGUGCGGUUGUUGGGGCAAUAGUUGUAUUUAAAAGCACAAACUGCAAUAAAAAUUUGUUACAUAUUAAAAAGAAUAGCUGAGAGUAUCGAGAUAUAUGGAUGCUUUUUACAAUUGAUUUAUUGGAAAGGAAUCCGUAUAUCUUGAUCGGAAUUGAACAAUUUCCUCAUUCACUAUUUCAGUUUAUUGCCUUUUUUCUCUUUCCAAUUAGAAAACUUUCUUAAAGCAGUGUCAAUAAGUAAAUUAAGAUGAGACAUUAAUUGAGAACCGAGUGGAGCUAAAUCUCGAAUAAUUCGAUCUUCAAAGGGCUUAACUUUUGACAUGUUAAAUCUCUGUAUUGUGUCAUGCAUCUUUACGACUUUCGCUUCCAAAUCAGCAUUUAUUGGCGGAAAGCAGAGCCAAAAUUCUUUUAGAAGCUCACUAGCAGAUAAAUAUAGAUUGCCCAUUUCUUUCUCCACAUCGAUCGGCACAAACUGCGAUAAAUUAUGGUCUUGAUAUCCACUCAUUAAUAAACCGCCGGGACUUAAUUCACCUAACACAUUUACUGCUGAAUUUGGAUUUAUAAGCUGCUUAUGCGUUAUUCGUUGACUCCAUGCAGAAAAGUUAUUCCUUAUUGUAUGGUCGACAACAUCUAGUGAAAACUCUUUACCCUUAUUAUAAUGUACGACAUUAUCUUGAGAUGAAGGCAUAGGUCCAUAUAAAUAACGUUCAAGCUUAUCCAAAUUUAUAUUGGCAGCACGAUUUGAAGUGGCUUUUAAAUUUAUAGUAUCAUCGCCAAGAUCAUCGUACGUAAUCUUUUCUGCAAUUCGUCGCUUCUUAGCUACUUGUUGCUCUUUCUCAUCUACGACUAUAAUUUCAUCAACUUCAGCAAUUUUAUGUUUUUUGCCUGAUUCUUUUUCAGAACUAUUCUUGUCUUUAUCCUUUUCCUUAUCUACCUCUUCUUGAUGAUUUUUAUCCUCAUUGCAUGUCUUUAAAAUCAUAAAUGAAUGUUGAUUAAAGCGCUUAAUUAUAGAUUGAUGAACUAUAUUUGUAUCCUGUUUUUGAUCUGACGUACUGGAACUACAAAAUCCGUCUUCAAUUGUAUUAUCACCAAACUUUGAAAUGUUUAACAAUGGAUCAUUCAUAUUUCUUCUUAUUUCCUUCCUUAAUGUACUAUCAUCAAUUUUACCACAUUCAGCAAAAAUAUCCUUCAUUCCAGUAAUAAUUCGAUCACGAUGAAAAUAAUGAGAUUGGAAAAAUUUCGUCCAGAACUCUGAUUCACUUAACUUAGUUGGUACACAUUCUGAAUGUUUCUUCUUUACAGCUGGAUAUGCUUUGAACACCGACUCUAUUACUUCUGUUGUUAAAUUAUAUUUGAAAACAUUACAUCCAUCAUUAACUGGUUUGAUUUCAGUCAGGAAAUUAGCUGAAACUCCAAUUUCUUGUUUGGACGAGCUAUUUUUGAGUUUAUCUAAAUCCUUUCCAUGAAUAGACCAGAACUCUUCUGACGUAAGUACUUUUGAUAUUACUAAAUCUUUAUAAAGUUGUAACAAUUUUGGAUUUUCAGUAAGAACUUUAUUCUUUUGUUCAAGCUCUGUAUCUAUUUUACGUUUAAAGUUUGGUAAUAUUGACUGUAUCAGUUCCUUAACUUUUUCUCUAUCUUGAAUUUGAUUCUGUAAUCCAUUUUUGUUCACAAAAUGAAACGUCGAAUUAUUCCCAUCAUGCAGGACUAAUUGGAGCUGAAUUUUAGGCUUAUGUUCUGGUGAUAUUUUUUUUACUUUUAAUAUCAUAAAAGCUAUGAGAUACAGCUAUCUCCUCUUUGAUUUCAAGCAUAAAAACAAUCCUUUCCUUCAUAAUAUAUAACGUCCCGUCACUUUUCUUGUAUUUUACUUGAGGAACUG